AAGGAAAACAAGAAGAAGAAAAUUAGAAUAAGUAGAAAACAAUGGCAGAAGGAGGAGAGCCUUCAUCUGCAAGGAGAAAAGAAGAAGAUGAUCAGAAAGUUCCAUUUUAUAUGCUUUUUGCAUUUGCAGACAGAACUGAUGUAAUAUUGAUGUUGUUUGGAACUUUGGGUGCUAUUGCAUCUGGAAUUUCAAAGCCAUUGAUGUCUCUUAUUUUUGGUGAUCUUGUUAACUCUUAUGGGAAAUCAAACCAAUCUAACAUUCUUGAUCAAGUUUCUGGGAUAUCCCUUAAGUUCGUCUACUUGGCCAUUGGUUCAGGCAUAGCUUCAGUAUUCCAGAUAGCAUGUUGGGUGGUAACUGGAGAAAGGCAAGCAACUCGAAUAAAAUGCUUAUACCUGAAAACAAUCCUAAGACAAGAUAUUGGUUUCUUUGAUACUCAAUCGGCAACAGGGGAAUUUAUUGAAAGAAUGUCGGGAGACACUAUUCUAGUUCAAGAAGCCAUGGGCGACAAGGUUGCGAAUUUCAUUAUGAACAUCUCAACUUUCAUUGGAGGAUUUGUAGUCGCAUUUAUCAAAGGAUGGCUCCUCACUCUAGUUUUACUCACAUCCAUUCCUGCAACCGCCAUUAGCUUUGGAUGUGUGGCAUUAGUCUUGUCCAAAAUGUCAGGGAGUGGACAAGUUGCUUAUGCAGAUGCAGGAAAGGUAGUAGAACAAACAGUGGGAGGAAUUCGAACGGUUGCUUCUUUCACAGGAGAGAAGUUGGCUAUAGAAGAUUAUAACAGUAAGCUGGAAAGUGCUUAUAGUGCUACCAUCAAACAAGCGUUGGCUUCGGGACUUGGACUUGGCACAAUACUAACGCUUAUCUUCUUUAGUUAUGGACUUGCCAUAUGGUAUGGAGCCAAAUUGAUCAUAGAGAAAGAUUACAAAGGUGGCGAUAUCAUAAGUGUAAUUUUCGCAGUUAUGUUAGGUGGAAGUUCGCUAGGUCAAGCAUCUCCAAGUUUGAAUGCCUUUUCAGCAGGGCAGGCUGCAGCAUACAAGAUAUUCGAGACAAUUAAACGUACACCAAAAAUCGAUCCAUAUGAUCCUAGUGGGAUCGAAUUGGAAGAUAUUAAAGGAGAAAUUGAGCUUAAAGAUGUGUAUUUUAAGUAUCCAGCAAGACCGGAUGUGCAAAUAUUUUCUGGAUUCUCGUUAUAUAUUCCAAGUGGUAAAACAGCAGCCUUAGUCGGGCAAAGUGGAAGUGGAAAAUCAACUGUUAUUAGUCUGCUAGAGAGAUUCUAUGACCCCGAAGCUGGUGAAAUACUUAUAGACGGAGUUGAAAUUAAGAAAUUUCAACUCAAGUGGUUGAGACAACAAAUGGGGCUAGUAAGUCAAGAGCCUGUGUUAUUUGCGACAACUAUACGGGAGAACAUAAUAUAUGGGAAAGAAAAUGCUAGUGAAGAGGAGAUCAGGAAUGCAAUCCAGCUCGCUAAUGCAGCUAAAUUUAUUGACAAGCUUCCGAAGGGGCUGGACACGAUGGUUGGUGGACACGGUACUCAGAUAUCUGGUGGGCAAAAGCAAAGAAUCGCCAUUGCGAGGGCCAUUUUGAAAGAUCCAAGAAUUCUUCUACUUGACGAAGCGACUAGUGCGUUGGAUGUGGAAUCAGAACGCAUUGUACAAGAUGCUCUAAGUAAUAUUAUGGUAAAUAGGACGACUGUGGUUGUUGCCCAUCGCCUGACAACCAUUAGAAAUGCUGAUCUCAUUGCAGUGGUGCAUCUUGGGAAAUUGGUUGAACAAGGAACCCAUGAUGAGUUAAUCAAAGAUCCUGAAGGAGCAUAUUCUCAACUUGUUCAAAUGCAGCAAAAGACUAAGCACGUCGAAAACACCAAAGGAAAAGAAAUUGAGGAACUGAACGCACCAAAACGUUUGAGUUAUUCGAAGAAUGUUUCUGGUAGGAGUAGGAGAUUCUCUCUUUCAGGCCGGAAGUCUGCGAGCAAAGGAUCAAGCAGUAAAUUUUCCUUUGCAUAUGACUUGGGAGUUUCUGGUGUCGUUGAUUUCCAUGAAAGUAUCCGAAGGGAAGAUGGAGCUGGAACCAGUGAGUAUAUUGCAGAUACUAAGAAAAAAGUCUCCACUCAAAAGCUAAUGUCACUCGCAUACCUAAAUAAGCCUGAACUUCCCAUAAUGCUAGUGGGAACCGUAGCUGCUGCUAUAAAUGGUAUGGUUUUCCCUGUAUUUGGUCUUCUGGUAUCAACGAUUAUUAAAAUCUUUUACGAAUCACAUCAUGAGCUACGAAAGGAUUCUCGAUUUUGGGCUCUAAUGUUUGUGGUUAUCGGAAUUGUCGUCAUGAUUGUUUCACCUUUGCAAAAUUAUGCAUUUGGAGUUGCUGGUGCAAAACUGAUCCAACGAAUACGUUCCAUGACAUUCUCUAAGUUGGUAUACCAAGAGAUUAGUUGGUUUGACGACCCUGCAAACUCAUGUGGUGCUAUAGGUGCAAGACUAUCUAGUGAUGCUUCGACUAUCCGGAAUAUGGUGGGAGAUGCAUUAGCAACAUUAGUUCAAAAUAUUUCCACUAUUGUAACUGGUUUAGUGAUAGCUCUGAUCGCGAAUUGGAUUCUUGCACUUAUAACCAUUGCUAUAAUGCCUCUUCUGGCUUUGCAAGGAUAUAUACAGAUCAAACUUUUGCAAGAGUCAAAUAAUGAAGCCAAGCUAAUGAAUGAAGAAGCAAGUCAAGUUGCAAAUGAUGCUAUUGGGAGCAUUAGAACUGUUGCAUCAUUUUGUGCGGAAGAGAAAGUGAUGGAAAUGUAUCAAAAGAAAUCAGAAGCUCCUUUGAAACGAGGAGUGAAAAACGGAUUAGUUAGCGGAGUUGGUUUAGGAUUUAGUAAUUUCGUGCUAUUCUGCCUUUACGCGUUAGCAUUCUACCUUGGAGCCGUUCUUGUGAAGCAUGACAAAGCAAAAUUCUCAGAAGUUUUUAAGGUCUUUUUUGCUUUAACGAUGGCAUCGAUCGGGCUUUCUGUUCUUAGCAACCUUCCCUCUGAUCUGAGUAAAGGUAAAGGAGCUGCUGCAUCAAUAAUCGAAAUACUCGACAGCAAACCAAGAAUUGAUUCUAGUAGCAAUGAGGGCAUUACAUUAGAUGCUAUCGAAGGCAAUAUCGAACUCCAGCAUAUUAGCUUUAGAUAUCCCACAAGACCAGACAUGCAAAUCUUCAGAGACUUGAGCUUGAGCAUUCCUGCUGGAAAGACAGUUGCGCUCGUUGGAGAAAGUGGUUCGGGGAAGUCAACAGUGAUAAGCCUGCUAGAGCGAUUUUAUGAUCCCGAGCAAGGUAACAUAUAUCUCGACGGAGUUGAAAUUAGGAAGUUCAAUUUAAGAUGGUUGAGGCAACAAAUGGGAUUGGUAGGUCAAGAGCCAAUACUAUUCAAUGAAACAAUUAGUUCUAAUAUUGCUUAUGGUAGAGAAGGAGAAGUGACUGAGGAAGAAAUCAUUUCAGUAGCAAAGUCAUCAAAUGCACAUAACUUCAUAUCUUCAUUGCCAAAUGGUUAUAAAACAACAGUUGGAGAAAGAGGGGUUCAAUUAUCUGGUGGACAAAAGCAAAGAAUCGCCAUCGCGAGGGCCAUAUUGAAGGAUCCGAAAAUACUUCUACUUGAUGAGGCGACUAGCGCGCUUGAUACAGAGUCAGAACGUAUAGUACAAGAAGCGUUAGAUCGAGUGAUGGUGAAUAGAACAACUGUCGUCGUUGCACAUCGACUAACGACAGUUAAAAAUGCAGAUGUUAUUGCAGUUGUUAAAAAUGGUGUUGUUGCUGAGAAGGGAACACAUGAUAUGCUCAUGAAUAAUCCUCAAGGGGUAUAUGCAUCUUUGGUUGCACUUCAGACAGGAACUGCUUAAUUCAAGAACUCUAGCUUUAAGCAUGGCAAAAGAUUUUGUAUUUGUUGGAUAUUAUCCUAAAGUUUUUUUUUUUUUUUUAAUAUGGAAAUGUUUACAUUAUUAUCUUCCUAUAGUUUACAAUUUGCACAAUGUAUAGUGAAAUAAGUCAUUGUUUACAAUGAAAUGGA